GUGCGUCCCUCUUUCAUUUCCAAUUCUUACAGCUCCUCUACACGCGUUAUUUUGUUUCAAGGCCUCAUCUUGAAGUUGGAAUGGUCAGGUUCGAAUCCACAUUAGCAUGGAUAUCAGUGGGCGGCGUGUCCCUCCCAGGGUUUGGCGAAGAGGUGUCCCAUGCUGACAAAAAAGUGACUUGUUGGAUUCCUUCAGAAGCUGGCAAGGCGUUCUGUAUCAAUUGGAAGCACGAAGACCUGUAUCGGGUUGACUGCAGAGAAGGACGGGCAUGCGUCGAUGGCAAAUUUGUUGCAGGAAUGAUAUUAGAUCCCUCCUCGAGACGAAAUACUGCUCGCGUAACAGGAAUCAAUUCUUCGGCUGUAACUGAGAAGCCGAUGUUGUUUACGAGCUUGGAAUUGACUGACGACGACGAGUAUCUACAUAAUUCAACAUUGCCAGAGCUGGGGGAGAUAAAGAUUAAUAUCUGGCGUGUUCAAGAGCUAUUUCUGCGCCUUUCCGAGCCGCAAGUUUUGAUGAGGUGGGGAAGAUCCACGAGCGCUCUAAGAAGGCUAUAUCGCAUUGUGUCAAGUGGGUGUUCUUCUAACUCUGCUCUAUAUAUUGUUCUCAGCCUAUAGGACUGGUGAUGAAAUUGUCCUGCCCAACGCCUUGAGGUCCAAAGUCGUGAAGGAUCUGCGCCAUCUGGUCACCUUCGUAUUCCGAUACCGAC